AUGAAGAACUUCCUCCUCGCGGCGGGCAUCCUCGCCUCAUCUGCCUCUGCUCACAUGCAGAUGAGCGAGCCUUUCCCCAUUCGCAGUCCCCUUAACAAGGACAACAAUGGCAAGAAGGACUACUCGUACACCAACCCUCUGUCCACCGAUGGCUCUGACUUCCCCUGCAAGGGCUACGCCAACGACCCGUUCAACGCGACUGCCAACUACAACCCUGGCGGCAGCUACCCUUUGAAGCUCGCGGGUAGUGCCACUCACAAGGGCGGUUCCUGCCAGAUCUCGCUGUCGUACGACAAGGGCAAGUCUUUCCACGUUAUACACUCCAUCCUUGGUGGCUGCCCCAUCGACAAGGAGUACAAGUUCACUGUCCCAUCUGACGCUCCCUCUGGUGAGGCUUUGCUUGCCUGGAGCUGGUUCAACAAGGUCGGCAACCGUGAGAUGUACAUGAACUGCGCUCAGGUCAACAUUGGCAGCGAGGGCGGCAGCCAAAACCGUGAGAUGAUCGACGCCGCCGAUGAUGACGCUCACAACGCGACUACUCACUCUAGUGACGCCCAGAGCUUCGACAGCUUGCCUCCCAUCUUCAUUGCCAACGUCAAUGGCCCCGGCAAGUGUGAGACCACCGAGGGCAAGGAUGUCAACUUCCCCAAGCCCGGCCCAUCCGUCGAGGGUUCUGUCGAGGGCAAGGGCUACAAAUGCGAGGGUGACGCGGAUUUCCUCACUUCUGACUCCGACUCUGGCUCCAGCACUACCUCCAGCUCUGACUCAAGCGAGUCGUCAUCCAGCCACAACGCCAACGCCCCCAUGUCCAGCUCUAUCCUUGAUUAUCAGCACAAUGGCGGUGUCCAGAACAAGCAUGCCGUCGCCUUUGGUGACGCCGCCUCUGAGCCCCGCUUCGGUCCUCCGGCUGGUGCUCCUGCUCCCCAGGGCCACGGCUCGUCUGGCUCCCAGGGCCACGGCGCUCCAGCCCAAGGUCACGGCGCUGUUGAUCCCCAGGGCCAGGGCUCGUCUGGCUCUCAGGGCCACGGCGCUCCAGCUCAAGGUCACGGUGCUACUGGUCCCCAGGGCCAGGGCUCGUCUGGCUCUCAGGGCCACGGCGCUCCAGCUCAAGGUCACGGUGCUACUGGUCCCCAGGGCCAGGCCGCUCACGGUCAUGGACAGGGACAUGGCCACGGCCACAGCAACGGUGUUAAGCCUCAGCAUGCUUGGGGUCCUCCUGGUGGCAUCAUUUGCUCACCUGAUGGUAAGAGCUUCUCCCGCUGCACCGCCAAUGGUCCUCCGAUCGACAUGGGUCCUGUCGCUGAGGGUACUAUCUGCCGCGAUGGCAAGAUCACCUGGGCUUAG